AUGCCAUCCCCAAGCGUUGAUACCAGUGUAGUCCCACGCAUCAAUACCAGAAUUGCAGACUUAUCCCCGAAUUAUCGCUGUGGCAUCGCCGCAGCAGUCUUCCGGUACCAGGCGGACGGGCAAUACACCGUCCUCAUUAUGAAGCAUGUAACCGGCACGGUCGUACGUGGAAAGUGGAUUAUUCCAACUGGCCCAGUACUAGACACCGAUCCAACCAUUGGCGAUGCAGUGAGGCGUAUAGUCUUCGCCAAGGCUGAUCUUCGCAUCCAAGGCCAUUACACCAUCCGGCAUGUAGCGACAACGUGGAAAUUUGGCAACGAGGUCAACUUGCUGCUCAGCUUCGCAAUCAAUGAUAUAUUUGCUGACAUGGUCACAGUACGCCCCAAUAAGCUCUCUGAGGAUCAAUGGGAGGAUGAGGAACGUUAUGGGUUAUACGCCAUCCCAUGGGACACGAAGGACGUUAUACACGAAGGAUUUGAUUUCCACCGCUCGGCAGCUAUUUGA